AUGUCACACAGAGAGCUUAAGAGGAGAAGGCGAGAGGAUUAUGGCUACGCUCUGGAAUAUAGAACACGCUGGUCUGAUAAUGAUAUGUAUGACCAUAUGAAUAAUAGCAUUUAUAACUUUCUGUACGAUUCAAUCGUAAACUCAUAUCUUAUCGAACAUUGUGGUCUGCAUCCACCCACCUCAUCUCAGUACGGCCUGGUUGUGCACUCCCAUGGUGAUUUCUUUGGCUCAAUCGCAUUUCCAGCUGUCGCUGAUCUAGCUUUACGUGUCAACAAGCUUGGGAAUAGCAGUGUUACCUACGAAAUUGGGUUAUUCGAGAGGGGAGUUGAAGAAGUCAAGUCAGUGGGAGAAAUUAUUCACGUGUUUGUUGAUAGAGAGACUGGCCGACCAGCAACGCGAGGUAUGAACGACACAAUCAAACAAGGACUCAGGAAGAUCCUCCAACCACAAGCAAAACUUUAA